CUAAUCAGGACCCGGACUGCCUCCGACGCCGCCUGAGGCUGGGUUCCUGGCCGCGUUCUAGCCUGGUCGUUGGGAAACGGGAGGCCCCGUACUGCGCGCGCAGCCCGCCUGGUCUUCCCACGGCCGGCCGGAGGAGGCGAGCGGUCUUCUGAGGGCCCGAGGCGAGCGCGGCGCGGGCUGUGGCCUCGGCGCUGGGGUGGCGAUGCUGUGGCAGCGGCUGGCUGUGGUGGAGUGGGCGGCGCUGGCCUGGGAGCUCCUGGGCGCCUCGGUGCUGCUCUUCGCGGUGCGCUGGCUGGUCCGGCGGUUGGAGAAGCGGCCGCGGGACCCGAACCGUUGCGGGACACUCUCCUCUCCGCCCGGCGCGUCUGAAGCGGUGGCCGAGCGGCCAGGUGAAGUGACAAUGGAUGCUAUGUUGGCUCGACUGAAACUCUUGAAUGCAGAUGACCUUAGAAAAGAAGUUAUGAAAGCUGGAUUGAAAUGUGGACCCAUUACAUCAACAACAAGAUUUAUUUUUGAGAAGAAAUUAGCUCGGGCCUUACUAGAACAAGGUGGAGUGCUGACUUCCUCUCUUCCCACGCACAGCGAGGAGACCGCCAUGGCGUUUAUCCAGGGCACCUCAAGGACGCCUGCAUCUGUGGAUGGCAAACAAGCUCAGCAGGCCUGUUUUCCUGAAGACAGAGAUUUUGGUUACAGUGUGGGCUUGAACCCUCCAGAAGAGGAAGCUGUAACAUCCAGUGCCCACCCGAUACCCUUCAGUGCCUCUACCAGGAAUGACAACCACAAGGCUGGAGUGGCAGCUGCUAAGGAGCCACUUCUGUACUAUGGAGUGUGUCCAGUAUAUGAGGAUGGCCUUGUGAGACAUGAAAGGAUCCAUGUUUACGAAGAUAAAAAGGAAGCUUUACAAGCUGUCAAAUUGAUCAAAGGGUCUCGGUUUAAAGCUUUUCCAACGAGAGAAGAUGCUGAGAAGUUUGCUAGGGGGAUAUGUGAUUAUUUACCUUCUCCCGGCAAAACUAUGCCCUUACUGUCUCCUGGGAAGGCAGUGCCCCCCUGUGGCAGUGACGGGUUGAAAGCAGAUGGCUUGUGCCUGGCUGAAUCAGAAACAGUAAACAAAGAACGAGCAAACAGUUAUAAAAACCCCCGUACACAGGACCUUACUGCCAAGCUGCGGAAAGCUGUUGAAAACGGGGAGGAGCACACCUUUUCUGAUCUUAUCUGGAGUAAUCCUCGAUACCUAAUUGGUUCUGGGGACAACCCAACCAUUGUACAAGAAGGAUGUAGGUACAAUGUCAUGCAUGUUGCUGCCAAAGAGAAUCAGGCUUCUGUGUGCCAGCUGACAUUAGAGACUCUGGAGAACCCUGAAUUUAUGCGUCUGAUGUACCCAGAUGAUGACAUGCACAUGCUACAGAAGCGCAUCCUCUACAUUGUCGACCUGUAUCUUAACACUCCUGACAAAGUGGGCUUUGACACACCAUUGCAUUUUGCUUGUAAAUUUGGAAAUGUGGAUGUAGUCAAUGUGCUUUCUUCGCACCCUUUGAUUGUGAAAAACCCAAAGAAUAAAUAUGGUAAAACACCUGACGAUGUAAUUUGUGAAAGAAGCAAAAACAAAUCUGUAGAACUGAAAGAAAGGAUUAGAGAAUACUUACUGGGUCACUACUAUGUGCCACUUCUGAGAGCGGAAGACACUUCUCCUGUCAUUGGGGAGCUGUGGUCCUCAGACCAGAAAGCUGAAGCCUCUUGUGCUGACCACUGUAGAAGCAGCCCCAGAGAUCCUGUGAUGACACUGAGAGCUUUCGCGGGGCCUCUGAGUCCGUCCAAAGCAGAAGAUUUUCGAAAGCUCUGGAAAACUCCACCUCGAAAGAAAGCGGGCUUCUUCCACAGCAUCAGAAAGUCUGACCCAGAACGAGGCAUUGAGAGAGUUGGGAGGGAGCUAGCUCAUGAGCUGGGGUAUCCCUGGGUUGAAUACUGGGAAUUUCUGGGAUGUUUUGUUGAUCUGUCUUCCCAGGAAGGCUUGCAAAGACUAGAAGAAUACCUUAUCCAGAAGGAGUUAAGCAAAAAGGCUCAACAAGAAAUAGAAAAUGAAGGCUGCCUUCAGGACAGAACCUCAGAUUUUGGCAGUGGGAAGAAGUACAGCAAUUCCAUCUCCGUGGGAGCAUUUCUAGAUGGGGAAGAUGACAGCUUGGAAGAAAAUCAGCAAAAUACAGUUCCCAGUCAGAGUCAGCCCACAAUUGAUAAGUUCCAAAACUCUAAAAGUGGUUCCCUUCCCUUGGGACAGAAGGUGGACCCUGGAGAAGCCUCAGUUGGAUCUUACCCAGAUAACAGCAGAAAUGGGAUUUGUCGUCCUCCAAACAGGACUGCAGGUGAAAGGGGACUAGAGGCCACCAAUGUAGAGGAGGCCCUUCCACCACCUGUUUCUAUUUUGACUCAAGAGUUUGAUAAACUGAAUUUGCAAAGUCUAGGAGAUAGCCUUUUUGAGACACCAAAUACAAAUAGGAAACUAGAGGAUACAAUACUGGCUUCAAGAAUGGAUGUAGUAGAAAGUGACUUGCUGGCAUCUCCUGUAAUAGCAAGACUUAAAAAAGAGCAAGUCAGGACCAACAGUGAGGUGUCAGAGGCAAUGGCUGAAAUGUCUUUGGGCCCCAACAACCCCCAACUUGGGGUUCAGACUGGUCUGGAACCUGGGUUCUCAUCUGCCACAGUAGAUUCCACCAAGAGGCUCUUCCUGUCUGGAGAGAAACCAUCAAAACUAGAUCGCGAUGUUUUAGCAGCUCUUGAGUGUGCGAAUAUUGACCCUGGUCUGUACCCAGCAGUCCACAGAUGGAAAAGUACUGUCAUGUGCUACUCAGCCUCAGACAGACAGAGCUGGCCAAGUCCUGCACUCAGAGGGAAGUUUACAACUGAGCUGGUGGAUCCCGAUUGCUCUCAAAGCUACUCAGGACGAUGCAGUCCAGCUGGUAGCAGCCCCAGUAAGCCUGGCCAUACCACCUCCACUGGCCUGCACAGCCCUGGACGCUACAGUCCAGCACAUGGGAGACACUUCCAAAGAGUGGCACACAUGGCCCGACUUGCAGCUCUGUAGAGCCAACCAGUAUGCUCACUCCUGGAAUUCGUUUGCUUCUUUGUUUGUAAAAGAGUAACUUUUUAUUGGUAAAAAUUCCAUGAAAGAAUGUAUUCUGAAUAACUUAAUCCUCACUUUGAGGGUACCAGAAUUUUAGAAAAUAUAAUGUUCUGAGUAUAAUUUGAAUGUCUGAUAUUUUGGAAGAAGUUAAUGAAAGCAAGCUCAGAUACUUAUUGUUUGAAAGUGUAGCUGUAGUAAUAAUUCUAAUUUUGAAAUGGAGCAAAAGAUGCAGAGGCAGUUGAUAGACAAGUGAGGUGUUGCUAAUUGGGUGUGUUAGCACAAUACGCAAGCACACCUCCUGUUUCUGAAACAUCAAUUAUGUGUUGUCUCUUUUGGGGGGUGGAGGAAGGAGCAGCUUUCUGAUAUGCAAUGGCAAAACUAUGUUUGUUACUUCAUCCUAGUUAUUCCAACUAGGAAAAAGCAGGUGGCAGAGAAGCACAUGGGCCCUGACUCAGACUUCAGUAACAAUGCUCAAAACACUGCCAGAAGAUGGGGUGGGGGAAGUUAAAGUCAUUGAGAAUCAUGCCAGUAAUCAUAGAAAACUUACCAGCAAUAACUAGAAACAAAAUAAAGUUAUUUCUCAGUACUCGUCAGUGUAUUAAGUAAUCUAGAAGUUGUUCCCUAGUCUUAAAAUUUAUCCUGAGAUUUCACUGAGCAUGAUUACAGGAUAGAUGUAUCCCAUAUUUUAGGAAUUUUUCAAAGAGCAUUACACUAGAGUUUAGCCCUUGAGAUCUGAGUUCAUUUCAGUGGCUUUCAGUGUUUACUUUUGGCUGUCUCAAGAGUUGUGUAGAGUGGCACUGCACACCCUAAGGCACCAAGAUAAACCACCUUGCUGAAGCGGGGUCCUGGCUGUCUGGCACAGCUGCUUGCACAAAGCAAGUAGUGUUCCAUAGACACUUGAAGUGCUUAAUCGCAACACAGAACUGUAACACUGAUUUUUGCCAACCUCAGUGCCUUUUGUGAGUCAUUUUUAAUCUUACCAAAGUUAGAUUUUGAGAUCACAUAGUGCUAAAUGGGUGUUAGAUUCUCUUUUGUUCAUAAAAUUGUUGACCAGGCAAGCCUUUUAACCCAGCAUUCAUUAGGCAGAAGCAGGGGUUCUCUGUGAGUUUGAGGCUGGCCUGGUCUACAUAGUGAGUUCCAGGACAGCCAGAACUACACAGAGAUCUUGUCUCAAAAAAUUUUUAAAAAUAAAUAAACAAAUCAAAAUAAUAAGUAAUUUUGAGAUCAAAUGUUUAGGUCUUUUUUUAAUUUUUAAGGGUUAUUUUAAUGUGGUAAGAAAUACCAGAAUUGAGAUUUUGGGCUUUAGAUUCAGUUUGUUUUCAUUCCACUUGUAAACAGCUGAGCUCUAAAAACAAGACAGCCAAUAAAGUAACCUGGAAACAAUCCCAAAGGGAAUCUUUUUGUUCUCAAAAGAAACCAAAACCCACACAUUAUAUUCAGCUAUUUUAUUUUCUCUAAAGUCUUAAUGUCCUGUGGGAUUAUUUUUGUUGUUUUUCCAUACUCAAAUAAAAAAACGGAAUUACUCGUUUUGCCGGUUUUUUUUUUUUUUAACUAUUUUAAAAAAAAAAAACCCUCUUAUUGCUCAAUGACAUUUACUUAAGACAACUUUUGAGAGUCAUUUCUUAUACCAUGUAGGUCUCAGGAAUCCAGCUCAGGUCACUGGAAUUGAGUUUUACCUGCUGAGCCAUCAUGCUGGCCCACUUUAAACUUUAAGCCACCUCUGGACUGUUCUUGCACUAGCGUGAAGGGUGUAUGAUACUGGUUGAUUCUAUGUCACAAACAUUGUUUAACUGAUCCUUCUCAAAGUGUUGUGUGGGAAUGAUUCCUUAAUUUAUUACCUGGACAGAACCCCUCUUAGUAAAACUGUAAGCAAUAUUUUCAUUAAAAAGUACACUGAGUAUCAUAUUGA